AUGCCAGAAUCACUAGCUGCUUUUCGAUCCGGAAGGAGCAAGGAUCUUCGUGGACUUGCUGAGGAGCAUAUGCAGCACGAUUUGAACCAGGAAGAACGAGACACCCUGAAACGUGCAGGGAGUAAGGUAUCCACCCAUGCAAAGCUAGGCUCUCUUGUGGGUGCAGGCCUGGGCAUUUACUGCGCUUGGAGGCUGAGGACUAUGAGAUUGGCCUACUUUAACGCCUUCAGAGCUAUGGAAAAACCUGUGGCUGUUCAAUUCGCGGAUGGCCGUACCAAAUCAAUUCCUGAUAUUUCUGACAAGCUGUCACCUUCCAAAUGGGGUGACGCGGCAACUUACUUCUUCUUUGCCGUUGGAGGUACAUUUCUUGGUGGGGAACUGGGUCUCAUCACUGGCACUGCUUCAGCUUCACGAACUAUCACAAAGAACCCCGAGGUUAAGGGGCGAAUAGAGGAGGCGUUCAAAAACUAUCGCAUUGAUGCUAUGAAGCAGGAGAUCAAGGUAUUGGAAAGGAAGCCAAAGUUUGAGCACCUCUUCCGAUCCUGA